AUGUAUUAUCUCCUACAUGCAGUGGGUCACCGUCGCGGUGAUGUCGUCAUGUCGGUGGUCGCAGUGGUGCUGUGCGCGCUGGUGGUGAGCGGCGCAGGCGCACCUAACGCGACGCACCGCCGCGCAGACCCUCGGGAACCUCUACUGCCUGAAGAGGAAGACGACCUCGUUCUUGACUACUAUGAUGAAGCCAGAAUCAACAUAUCGGAAAAAGGCAGGUAUAUUGGCUCACCGUGCGAGUUCACCUGCAACCCAAAGCUGGUCCAUGUCUAUUGUGAGCCUCGAACAAGCACUUGUCAAUGCGCACCCAAGCACUCAGUGGAACUUGGUGUGGCCAGAGGAUGUGCCAAACCCAAGAAGCUUGGUGAGCAAUGCUUUUACCGCGAAACGUGUAGGGCGUUUGAUCCACACUCCUCUUGCGUCCAAGUCAACCACAAUGCGUAUUGCCAGUGUGACUCCGGCUUCCACACAACCACCCAUUCCAGGCCUACGCAAAGAGUCUUCUGCACGGAAGAUCUUGUGCUGCUGACAGCGGAUAUGCCGACGCUGCUUGGUGUAGCGUCUGGCAUCUUUGUACUAGCUGGCCUGCUGUGCUUUGUGCUACAUCUUUAUACCAAAGCUCGCUACCAUCCCGCUCACUUGGCUGAUGCAAGACUGACACCGCCGUGUCUUUACUCUCUUAAUGAUACAGGUGGAACUCUUAGUGCAACCCGAGCAUCGUCCCGCGCGUCAUCCCGAAGCGGCUGUACCAGCGGAACGCUGGAGCUGGAAGGCAGCUCGCGCCGUGAAUCCCGUCGGGCUGCAUCGUCGCGCGCAGGUGCGGCGCGCACCGCGGCCAUCUUGUUAAUCUCGCGCCACCUCAAGGCCGUAAGGGACGGCGGCGCGCACCCGCCUAAGUGCGCCGCCAAAGGUGAUCCGGAUGAUGUAUGCAACGCGGCCCCUUAUUGCACGAUACUGUGGGUGCCAACCGCCCCUGCAUACCUUGCUUAG